AUGGAAGACAGAGAUGAGCAUGUCGCGCGACGGGCCUAUCACACGCACGGCGUCGCGUGGGCGUACCAGUCCUGGCCCUUCGCCUUCUUCGUCGUCGAGGCGCGGUCGGUCGAGAUGGCUUUGGAUAUUGAAGGCAAGCCCUUCGCAGGAAACGAGUCAAACGUGUUCGACCUCGACAGCGACUGGCCAGCUUACUUCUGCAUUGGCGGCGGCACGACGGCGGCGACGGACUCUUGCUCAAUGGCGUGGGGCGUCCCGUGGGUGCUGUGCGAGGCGAGGCGGAUGUUGGCGACGCGGGGCUCGUGGACGUGGAGUACGACUGCUCAGGCGUGUCGGGGCUCGUGGGCGGACUUGGGUACGCUGUGCUGGCGUCGACAGGCAUGGGGGUGGGCUUCGGUGACGACAUUGACGGAUGCCUGGCGAAGCUCGGGGUGGUGGUGGACGUGGCACCGUAUGGCGUCAAUCGAUGGUACCGGUGUCGGCGCAGGCGAGGGGAGCACGUACCUACAUAGGGUACAGCCCGGUCCUUUCGUGGCCCUUGAAGUUCCUCCGCAACUUCGCCUCGAACUCCUUCAGCGCUGCCAGUUCGAUGUUGAGCUGCUACUCGAGCGCAUCUGGGACGACACGUACUCGAACAAGUCGUGGAGAAUCGUGGGCCAGGGCAUGUUCGGCCUCCGCGAGAUCAAUCAGAGAGUGCGAGAGAUGUGUUCUUACCCCGAGCGGCAGCUCGACAUCGAACUGGCAGCGCUGAGGGAGUUCGAGGUGAAGGUGCGGAGGGACUUCAAGGGCCACGAGCCAUAUGCCACCGUACCCCAGCUCGCUCAGUGCCCCGACAAUUUCAACAUCCUUAAGCAGUCAUACGCGGCCUCGCCGCCUCGCUGCCGCGCAGCACCACGGGACACACACGCGAUCGACCAAGACCCCGUCGCCGUUGUCGUGCCGCUACCGCUGCGAACGCAGGCGAGCAAAACCCUCUCGCGGUCAAAUACGCUCGAGUCGAUCCCCGCGAAGGAGUUCCCUUCAAUAUCGACGACCCCUUCGACCGACCGCUCUUCGGCGGCGAAUAACUUAAAGGCAGAAGGCCAAGACUUCCCGAGAUCAACUAAAAUCUCCUUGGUCCUCCCCAAGGGCGAACGCAACAUUGUCACCAUGCUCGCCGCGCACCGGUGCAUCUAG